CAGUGCGCAUGCGCAAAGCUGAUACAGAAAAAGAUGGACGUCACAAGGGUCUGUAGUCCGCUGCUUGCGGGAUCAGACUCUCAAAAUAACACUAUUAGUGCCCCUAACGCGGCUUCUGUUACAGACGCUGACAAAGUAAUAAAAACAAAAAUAGCUAGUACCCAGGUUGAAGGAGCCCAGAGUGAAGAUGCCUUUCUGAAUGGGCUCCUCGCUGAUGACUACUGCCACAUAUGUGAGGCUGUGCUCUUGUUCGAAUCUCAACGGCUCUCUCACUAUGAGGGAAAGAAACAUGCUCAAAAACUUAAGGUGUACCUGCAGACAAAGAGAGCUGAGAGGACGAACACACAGUCUACAGGCCUGCAGCAGACAGUGAUCACCAAUAGGGACCGAUUCUGUGAGCUGUGUAACAUGAUGUUUAGUUCCCAGGUGGUGGCAAAAUCACAUUAUGAAGGCAAAGUCCAUACAAAAAAUCUUCGCAAACAAGGUCUUCAUCCUCCAGUUACAGACAGGAACAAGGAAGUGUGUACUUCACUGAAUGGGACCCCAAAUCCUGAUAAAGCUGACCAGAAACAUGUCCCAGAGGGCUGUAUGGGGCAUCACGUGGACCCAGCAGCCAGCUCAACUGCCCUCAGCACUGAGGGUGACUUGAAGGAUCCCAAAAAGUAUUGUGCUCUGUGUGCUGCUUUUUUCAACAACCCCCACAUGGCUUCGCAGCACUACAAUGGACGCAAACACCAGCGUAAUCAGGCCAGACAGGAGCUGAUGAAAGAGCUUGGAGAUGAUGUACAACAAGGCAGUCCCCUUAUGUGUCAGAUGUGCAGUCUGCAGUUUAACUCUGUGGAGAUGUACAAGGCCCACAUGCAUGGAAACAAACACCAGGUUAGGGAGAAGAAGGUUGUCGACCUGUGCAAAUCCCAACAUAAAGCCUACAGCACAUUUGCAGAUGAACUGGCGGAUUACAUACAAGUUCAGAAAGCUCGUGGAAUCACACCCAAGGCAAAUCAAGCCUCUCUUCAGGGUGAUGAAGCAGAUGAGGAGGAAGAACAAACAUUUGACACUGGGGAUGUAACAAAACUUCACAAACCUUUAGCCAACCUUCCUUCCAAAUCUCAGUCCCAUUAUCAGUCCUGGCCUGGUUCAUACUACUCAGUUAAAGUGUGGGGUUCUCGGUACCAGGGCCCAUCAUGGCCCUCUCAACACUCAGCUACCAACUUCCCACCCUCAGCUCUCUUAGAAUCAGGCUCUCCACAGUUUCCUGGUCGAACUAUUCAGAGAAAGAGGCAAAGAAAGCAGUCAAGCUCUUCCUCAUAUACCAAUUCAUCAUCUUACUCCUCGUACUCCUCAUCCUACACGAGUAGCACAAGUGACACUGAAGAUAGUGAAGAUAGGCACAGAGGAAGGAGGAAGCUUAAAAGAUCCAGGAAAGACGGGUGCCGAAGGAAGAGAGAUGAGGUGCAAAGGAGGAAUAAACAACACAGGAAAGAAGGGGAAACUCAGGAGACAAGAAGAGAAGAAUGUGGAGAGUUAGAUCACGAGACGAAGAGAAAAAGGCUAAAGCAUCACAGUAAGCAAGCAGAAGAAAUGGAAUCCAGGGAGGAGGACUGUGAGGUGGAAAGAAGUGAGAACGCGAUGGAAAACUUGGAGCCAAAAGAGCUGAAUGACGGUAAACAGACUGAAGAGCAUAUUCAAACUGAAAUGCAUGUUGAGCUCGAGGAUGAUGGACAGAAUGAAUCAGCCAAAAGCAAAUCCAGGAAAGAGAAGAAGAAGAUGAAGGGGGUGAAAGCAGAUACUAGGACGGAAGAGGAGAGGCUGUGGGAUGAUUCAAUUCUGGGCUGUUGAAUUUAGCAGACAAAUUGUCUUUUUAACUUUGACUUUUAGGCAGACUGUUACUUCAUCAUGAGCAUGGUAUUGAAAAGUAACAACAAUAUAUUAAGUUAUUAAUAUUACUUAUAGCAGGAAACAGUAUUUUUUACCAUCUCCCCCACAUACAUGCUAGCAGGCUAGCAUUGCUUAUCCAUUUCCUGUUUGCACAAGAUGAAACAUUUCACUUGUUUUCAUUUCACAAGUGUGUGUUAGAUUCUCACGGAACCACAACAGCUUUAUUUUUCACUUUGACACUUUUUACAACAUUAAUUAGUUAUUAAUUAAUUAAUUAACUGCUCAGUCAGCCAUAAUAAGUAUGUAUGUCUGUGCUCAUGAACUUAAUGGUGUGAUUCUUGUAACAGCCUGUGGUUGGUGCUGUCGAGCUUCAUUCACAGCAUCACUACAGUAAAUAAAAGCACAUAGAACAUGUAUGGAAGCCUCACAAAAGCCUUUUAAAGAGUUCUGUUUUUUCACUCAGAUGCAAACAGGCUUAUUAGAAAUGAAUGGUGUGUAAUGGAGUGGUUGAAUGGAUACAAUGCAAACAACAGAUUUACUUUGUGUUUACUUCUCACAGCAGCACAUCAAAACUUAUAAUAGUGCUGAGACAUAGUCUGCAGAGUAUUCUGUGUGCUUGUGUGCCAGGAACUCACACAUACACUAUACGCACCCAAGUAGCAGCGUUUGGGGUCAGCCAGGUGCAAAAGGUGAAAUCAGGACAGUUCAAAUUCAAGUUCAGAUGCAGUCUGUGCUGAAUGAGAAAAAGAUGUUUGUGACUGUGAACAGAAAGAAGUGAUUGCAGUUAUUUCCCAUUUGCAAUUCUGUUGUAUUGGAAACCAGUGUUUUCAAAACUUCACAUUUUUAGCAGUUCUUGUUUAAAACAUGUUUAAAGUUUUCAAAAGUUUUGUGUGUUUGAAUCCUGAGAGCAACAUGGUGCAUAUCCAGCUUGUUGGGAUAAAAUACAACUUUCAUAGCUAUCAAGCCUUGUUUGACAGUAACUUACACACAUUGCAAGUGAAGCAAUCUUUGAAACAUCUUACAUGUCAGCUUGGUUACAGUUUAAAGGACCAGUGUUGACAGCAAAGUGUUUUGUGAGAUGAAAAAUGCCUUUGAAGAUAAUUUCACUUUUAACUGGUAUUUUUCUUUAAAGCUCUGCUAAUUAGAACCAAACUCCUAUAUUUGACACAUUAUGCAUAUGCAAUAAUUUGCUCAUAUGAAAAUGUGAAACUUUUACUAAAAUUGGAUGAUGAAGAGGAGCAAAAAAAAAAGAAAUAGUAGUGAGCUCCUCGGCUUCACAUCGGAGCAGAGACGCCACCAAAGGCUUCAUGGCUUCGCUCUGAAGCCCCCUGAGAUCGCCUGUUUUCAAAGAAGCCUGUGGUCUUGUUCCCUGUGUCGCUUGAAUCUUCGACCCCCGUAGAAAGAAUGUGGCAGCCACAUCCUCUCACUUUAGGACCCCCGCCCGACUCUUCUACACCUUAACCUUCCACACAUGCACACAAAACAGUCCACAGACACCACUCAGGUGAUCUGACGAGCUGUAACUGUAUCCAGGAAUUGUGAGUUCUGUGAAAAGUAGCACAAGUGAACAUUUCAUUCCUCAACUUGGGAGAACGAUUGCUCCAAAGUGCAAAUUCCAGUCAUGUUGUUUAUUCUCUAAUUCAAGGAACAGGAUUUAAUCUCAAAUUUCAUGAUGCUUAAUGAAUGUACAGUACUUGUGUUAGUAAAUAAAUGGCCCAGAUGCUGUAAGUAUGA